CAAAUCUCCAACACCAACGUCAUCAAGUCUUGAUAUUGUCCCCAAAGCCAUACAACUCCCAGAUACUGCAGGAGCAAACCCAGGGUCAGCUCAACCUGACUACCUUCAAUCGCUAGUGACCCAGAUGCAGCGAUGGCCAAGGAGUUCAGCCCCGAGGACUUCGAGCCUAUUUAUCACCAGACAAUCGUAAUUACCAUCGCUAUCCAAGAGAACCCAGAGAGCACCCUCUCGGUCCUCAGUCCUUAUCUCGUCGAUAUCCAUACCAAACUUUCGUCCCUUAUCUUCAAGGCCUCGAACCCCAACUCGCUCCUACGAAAACGGUGCAGCGAUCGGCACGGAGAAUGGCUACAGAUCCAAUACGACCUCCAAAAUACUCUUUGCGAAGCCCAAGAUCUGAUUGACUCUCUCAGCAAAUCAGAUGUCCUAGAAAUCGGCGAUCAAGGGGGUGCUGGACUCGAGAAAAUAGAAGAGGAGUUGGCUGUCCACACUUUCAAUAUAGGAGAGUUCAUAGAUAGCUUGGGCUUAUCCAAGCUAGCUAGGAAAGAGCCCGCGCUGGGAGAGAUCGAAAAGCUUUUGGUCGACGCCGCGAGGGAUGAACGGGAGAGAUUGGGAAAGAAUAGAGUGGCUGAAAUACCAGAUGUGAAUCGGUUGGGGGGACUGGGUAGGAUUAUGGAAAUGUUAAGGGCGAAUGGGGUUGACCGCAAGGAACUCCACAGGCUCGAUACAAAGAUCAAGCAAUUGAUAGUGUGGGUGUUGAGGAACGAGGAGGAGCUUACGAUGGUGAGGGAUCUGGAGGGAUUUGGCGACUUGGGGAAAGGGAAGCACGUGGAAGCAGAGAAGGAACCAGAGCUGCACAACGAAGAUCAAGACAAGAAUUUCCCGGGGUUAGGUCCAGCUGUGGGUCACACCGAGCAACAUAAGGAGGAGCAUGAUGACGAAGCCAAAAAAGCCGAAGAGGCAAGGCGGCAUGAAGCUGAGCUAGAUGAUGAUUACGACACGGUCUCUAUAGACUCAUUCGUCUUAGUCUAAGCCGCGGGCAGCCUCACGCAACGUUUUUUUUACCUCAAUCAGCCGAGUAGCUGCGAUGAGAGUUCACAGUGUGUUCUUGGUGCCAAGGCAGUUGCCCCUGGUUUCAUGCUAUGUUUUAGUACUAAAAUUGCCCAAAAUCAGAAAUGUUUCGUCUGUGUAUUUUGCUAUGCCUUUUGGUUAAGCACCCUUAUCUUGUGUCGCAAUUCCAGCACAGGUUCACUGUCCUUUCAAAUCAGCAUACCAUCUCCCCUCCACAGGCCUCCCGGCCUCAAAAUUAUUAAAACAACAAUAUCCCACC